AUGAACCCUCUCGCUUCCACUUUUCUCUUCAUGUCGACUUCUCUGAAAACAUUCACACGGAUGCCAUGGUUACUCCUGCCACGAUCUUACAGGUGAACAAGGUGAUGUCCAUCUUGUUUUAUGUGAUAUUUCUCGCUUAUCUCCGUGGCAUCCAAGCUAACAACAUGGAGCAGAGGAGUGUGCCAGAAGAUUCACUAAAUUCCCUCAUCAUCAAAUUGAUCCAGGCAGACAUUUUGAAAAACAAGCUCUCCAAGCAGAUGGUAGAUGUUAAGGAAAACUACCAGAGCACCCUACCAAAAGCCUCCCAGGACCCAGAGGGGGCAGAACCCUUGAAAUCAGACUUCCAACCCAUGGUUGCAAUGGAUACAGAAUUGUUGCGCCAACAGAGACGCUACAACUCUCCCCGGGUCUUGUUGAGUGAUAGCACCCCUUUGGAACCUCCACCCUUGUAUCUUAUGGAGGAUUUUGUGGGUAACCCAGUGGUGGUGAACAGAACUUCCCGACGAAAAAGGUAUGCUGAGCACAAGAGUCAUCGUGGGGAAUAUUCUGUGUGUGACAGUGAGAGUUUGUGGGUGACAGACAAGUCAUCUGCCAUCGACAUUCGGGGACAUCAGGUAACUGUACUGGGGGAGAUCAAAACCGGCAACUCUCCUGUCAAACAGUAUUUUUAUGAAACCAGAUGUAAAGAAGCCAGACCUGUAAAAAACGGCUGCAGGGGAAUUGAUGACAAACACUGGAACUCUCAGUGCAAAACUUCGCAGACCUAUGUCCGAGCACUGACUUCAGAGAACAACAAACUUGUGGGCUGGAGAUGGAUAAGGAUAGACACAUCUUGUGUUUGUGCCUUGUCAAGGAAAAUCGGAAGAACAUAAGUUGGCAUCUCUCCCCAUAUAUAAAUUAUUACAUUAAAUUAUAUGAUAUGCAUGUAGCAUAUAAAUGUUUAUAUUGUUUUUAUAUAUUAUAAGUUGACCUUUAUUUAUUAAACUUCAGCGACUCUACAGUAUAUAAUCUUUUCUCCCCAAUAAAAUCAGUGUGCUUGUCUCCCUUCAGGCCUCUACCAUCUGUUAGACUGUGUUUUGUGCUCUUGCUCUCUCAGUAGCCUCUCUGUAAAAUCUGUGUACACCAGUAUUUUGCCUUCAGUAUUGUCAAUGCCACGACUGUCAUUUUAGUAAACAUGUUAAAAUCAAAUGAUUUCAGAGUUGUGUAUAGACACAUUAUACCCCUUAUAUACUUUUUCAUGUUUAAUUAAAAGAAUUGUUAUCUUCUCCACUGCAAGUGAUGAUGCCCUUUAGCCUCCAAAGAAAAAUUUCCAUUCCAACUCUCAAGUUCAUUGUCAAGGUUAUGUAUUUAUAUGUGUGCAGUGUCUCUUUUGCCAGGUAGAAUUACCACUUUCUUUUGUGUUAUGGUCCUGGGACCACAACCAGAAGCCUGGCAAUUUUAGUUUUAGGAGAUUCUUCCAAGCACAAUUGUUUGGAGUUUUAUGUUGUUCUUGGUUUUGUUUUUGUGACAUCAUGCCUCUGUUUCCUUUUUAAAGUUUUUUUGGGGGGAAACAAUUAAACUUUUUUUUCACAGACUUUUUAUUUUUGUGGCUACCAGGAAGCAAGGCAAAGUGGCUUAUGAAAAUAAUAUAUAAAAGAUAAUUUAAUCAUAAAAUAUUAUUUAUUUGUGAUUAGCUGAAUUCCACCUACUGUUGCUGUCUUUUCAAUCCACCUUUGCAAUCAUUUAGUCAGCAUCUGCUUUGUGAUAGGCACUGGGGAUCCAAAGACAGAAAAAGAAUAUCCCCGUCCUUUAGGAGCUUACAUUCUACCAAGGGAAAACAAAAUGUGCACAGAUAAGCAAAUGUAAAAUAUGUACAUCCCCUUCCUUCUCAGUAAUCUGUAGUCUUUGGCCACAUCCACAUAUGGUUAAUUUCUGCUUUGGGAAUUUGAAAAGUAGGAACUAAGAGUGUUUACUGUUUUGACAGGCUAAGUUUAGCUUGAGGCUGAGCCCUGCCCAGUUUAGGAAGCAAACAAUGAUAUGAGAAUGGUACUAUCAUCACUUAACAGAGUUUGGUGAAAGAAAAUACACAUGAAGGAUCCUGGUAUUUUAACUUCCAGAUGGUGAAAUCAUGCUCCAUUUUCUGUUUGAGAGCGUGACUAGAACUGGUGCUUCAUGGGAGUUAUUCUGUCUAGCUGUGGAGAAUUGGCAUAAGGUCUCUGUGUAUCAAUCAAAAAACAGGCUUGCUACUUUCCAUCUCUUUCUCAUGAUGUGAGGGUGAUCCCAAGUUCACAAAGACUAUUCUAUGAAGAGCACAAGCUCUAGAAGAUCUUACCAAAAAGGAAAGGCUUCAAGGAUGUGUCCUAUAGUUUUACUUUCUAAGGACCAGGUUAGCUAACUUCAUAAUUGCUCAUCACCAAAAGACUGACUACCAGGUGAUAAUUUGGCUAGGGGCUGGGGCCACAGCAAUCCAUGAAGUUUGCUAAAACAAGGAAAAAUUGUGAUUUGUACCACAAUAAGCAAAUCGAAGAUCCUUAAACUAUCCCUUGAAGUAAGCAAUUAAAAUUCUCUAAUUUGCCAUUCGUACACAGCAGCAUAUACUAUACCAGGCUAUAUAUAGCAUAUGGCAAUGUAAUGUACUGUUUGAUAUCAAUCUUUUCAAAUUGGUUUGGAAUGUAGCUUUGGCUUUGAGAAUUUCAAUGCCCCCUCCUUCUACCACCUGGUUAGUCUAAAACAGUACAUAUUGGACUUUUCUUUCUCUUCCUGCAUCACCCUUCAACACCCACCCCUCACUACCCUAUUUGGUAACAGUAUUUUUCAGGGUUAGAAUUACAAUUCUGAGAGGAAAAAGCAGGCAGCAUAAUUUAUCCAUAUGAAAAAUGUUUGUAAUUAUUACUUCCACUGUGUAAUCUUCAAGGCCAUGGCAUAAAGAGCAGUAGAGGCAGAACUGAGGUCUGAAUUGAUACACUUGGUAUGAACCAAAGCAGUAUUUGCAGGUUUAUGUAUUAUGAGAAAGGAGCAGGACUGUCAAGGUGAUAAAAAUUUAUUUUACUUGGGCUUUCAGCUGGAGACAGUCUAUACUCUUGGAUGCUUCCCUUACCCUAAUGAAUGGUAGCAGGAGCCAGGGAGGGAACCUGUCUUCUCUUAGGCAGCCUUGGAAUUUAAGAUUCAGCUUAGCACCCUCAUGAGUAGGUCUCAGGGUCUUUGGCCAUGAAUUAUUGAAAGAUAAAGAUUUGUGAUCUUGUUUAGGUCAGAUAUCUUCAAGCUAGCAGUAUCCUGGACAAGUGGUUUUUUUUUUUUUUUUUAAGUCAUAUGAGUUCACCCUCUGGGGCUACUUCUGUUCUUGUAGCAUCAGUUCAUUAAGUAGGUUUCUUGCCCCAUCUCUUCUCUCCCCACCAUCAUUUCCACCAGUUAGCAUAAGUGGAAGGCAAAAGAGAAGAAUGGCAUUCCAGGCUAGUCAAAGGAUAAGAGAAGAAACUUUGCUGUCUAACCUGGAACUUUUCACUUCGUGUACCUAAACAUCUAUAUAAAGAUUCUACUUAGGGCCAAAGCCCCUCUAACUUCCCAAUGCUUGCCCUUACUUAAACAGAGUUCAGUGCCUGAAAAGUCUUUCUCCAACAGAAUUUGCCAUGAUGGGAAAGGCUAUGGAUAUCUUAAGCACAACAUAUCCAAAACUGAAGCUGUUAUCUCUUCUUCCAAGCCUUCUCUUAUUUCUAAUUCCCCCUUUAUUUUUAAGAGUACCACUAUCCUUCCAGUUACCCAGGCUCACAACUUAAGGGGUCAUUCAAAGUUUCACUCUGAGCCCCUUUUUUCCAAUCAGUUAAGUCUAGUCUUUCUACCUUCAUAAUAUCUUUUUUAUAUGCCCCCCUUCUUUCCUCUGACACUUCUACUACCCUAAAAUGUGCCCUCAUCAGGACUUUGCAAUAACUUGCUAGCUGGUCCCUCACCCCUAACCUGCCACAGGUUUCUUUUACACUCUGGUCUAUCCUUUUCUCAGCUCCUAAAUUUAUUCUAAAAUGUGACUCUGAUCAUGCCAUCCCCCCUUCCACAUACAACAAAGUCCAGUUGUUUCCUGUUACCUCCAAGAUCAAAUGUAAAAUCCUGUUUGGCUUGUAAAGUCUUUCACAGUCUGGUUCCUCUCGACCUUUCCAAUCUUCUUGCACCUUACUUCCCAUACCAUAUAUUUUUUUUUUGAUCUAGUAAAUGGCACCUUUGCUGUUUCUUGAACAUAAUUCACGUCCUGACCAUUUCUGUGGUUUGUUCCCCAUACCUAGAACUCUCUCUGUCCUUUGCCUCUUGGGUUCCUUCCAGUCUCACUUAAAAUGCGUCCUUCUUUGAGAAGCCUUUCCUAGUCUUUCAUAACGUUAAUGUCUUCCCUCUGAGACUACGUACAAUUUAUCCUGUACAUAUCUUUUUUUGUAUAUAAUUGUUUGCAUGUUGUCUUCCCCAUUAGCUUGUGAGCUCCUUAAGAGCAGGGACUGUUUUUGCCUUUCUUUGUAUUCCUGACACUCAGCACAGUGCCUGGCACAUAGUAGGCACUUAAUAAAUGCUUCUUAACUAA